GGGGUGUGGCGCCCUAUGACCUAUUCACCGCUGCACUGUGCGUGCGCGCGCCCGAGCGGCGCGAGGUCGGGGUCGGGGGAUGUCGCAGUGGCUGGUGGUGGCGGCCGGGCCGCUCGCCGUGCUGUGGCGAUGCGGCGGUGGCCCACGAAGCGGCAGGACGGCCGGGGCAGGCGUGAGGGCCCUCGGAACCGCCCAGCAGUGCCUCCAGGGAAUCCGCUUUCAGCAGUUGGCUCUGUGGAAGAGACAGACGUCAGUUUCCCAGUGGCUGUGUUCAAAACCACCCAAAGGAACUAGUGAACCAAAGGACGCUGGUCCUGCAGCGGAUGGAGAGAAGAGAGGAGGAAAGCGGUAUGACCUUGCCUGGUGGAAGCGGUUACAGAAGGGAGAGGUCCCCUGGGAUGACAAGGAUUUCUGCAGUCUGGCUGUUCUGGGGUCAGGUGUUGCUGUGGCAUUUCUCUACUUCUGUUUCCGAGAUCCUGGGAAGGAAAUCACCUGGAAGCACUUCGUGCAGUAUUACCUGGCGAGAGGUCUGGUGGACCGGCGGGAAGUCGUGAACAGACAGUUUGUGCGUGUUAUUCCUGCCCCUGCGACGUCUGAGAAGUUCGUGUGGUUCAACAUUGGCAGCGUGGACACCUUCGAGCGCAAGCUGGAGACCGCCCACUGGGAGCUGGGCAUCGAGCUCCCGGAGUAGACGGCCGUGGUCUACACCACCGAGAGCGACGGGUCUUUCUUGCGAAGCCUGGUGCCCACCUUUCUCCUGAUCGGAAUCCUCCUCUAUGUUGCGAGGAGGGGCCCGAUGGGGGCUGGGCGUGGCAGGCGAGGAGGGGGCCUCUUCACCGUUGGCGAGACCACAGCCAAGAUCAUGAAGAACAACAUCGGCGUGCGCUUUGCAGACGUGGUUGGUUGCGAAGAAGCCAAGUUGGAGAUCAUGGAGUUUGUGAAUUUCCUGAAGAAUCCCAAGCAGUAUCAGGACCUCGGGGCCAAAAUUCCAAAGGGAGCCAUGCUCACUGGUCCUCCUGGUACCGGCAAAACGAUUCUCGCCAAGGCGACUGCAGGGGAGGCCAGUGUGCCCUUCAUCACCGUGAACGGGUCUGAGUUCCUGGAAAUGUUUGCCGGCGUCGGUCCAGCUCGGGUUCGUGACAUGUUUGCAAUGGCCCGAAAAAGUGCUCCCUGUAUCUUGUUCAUUGACGAGAUGGACGCGAUCGGCCGUGGGCACCUUGGGGGCCAGAGCGAGCAGGAGAACACCCUGAACCAGUUGCUCGUGGAGAUGGACGGGGCGGCCGCACGACCGUACCCCAGGCGGUUCAGCUCUACCACGAACGUCAUGGUGCUGGCCGGCACCGGCCGUCCCGACAUCCUCGACACAGCCCUGACGCGGCCUGGCCGGUUCGGCCGUCAGGUUUACAUUGCCCCCCCUGACAUCAAAGGCAGGUCGUCCAUCUUCAGGGUCCACCUGCGUCCACUCAAGUUGGACGAGAGCCUCAGCGAGGACGCCCUGGCGAGGAAGCUUGCGGCCCUCACUCCAGGCUUCACAGGUGCUGAUAUUUCUAACGUUUGCAACGAAGCGGCCCUGAUCGCCGCCCGCCACCUGAGUCCUUUUGUCCGGGAGAAGCACUUGGAGCAGGCCGUUGAGAGGGUCAUCGGAGGUCCCGAGAAGAAGACGCGGGUCCUGCAGCCCAGUGAGAAGAUGACGGUGGCCUACCAUGAGGCCGGCCACGUGGUGGUGGGCUGGUUCCUGGAGCACGCAGACCCCCUGCUCAAGGCGUCCAUCAUCCCCCGGGGCAAGGGGCUCGGCUACGCCCAGUGCCUGCCCAGGGAGCAGUGCCAGUACACGCGGGAGCAGCUCUCGGACCGCAUGUGCGCCGUGCUGGGUGGCCGGGUGGCCGAGCAGCUGUUCUUCGGGCAGAUCACCACGGGGGCCCAGGACGACCUGAGGAAGGUCACCCAGAGUGCCUACGCCCAGAUUGUGCAGUUCGGGAUGAGCAAGAAGCUGGGCCAGGUGUCCUUCGACCUCCCCCAGCCCGGCGAGGUGCUGGCGGAGAAGCCGUACAGCGAGGCCAUGGCCCAGCUCAUCGACCAGGAGGCUCGGUGGCUGGUCAGCUCCGCGCACGCGUGCACCCCGGACCUGCUGACGUGCUGCCGGGAGCAGGUGGACGAGGCGGGUGGGGCCGGCCCGUCCCCAGGGUCGGGGCGGGGGCUCUGCAGGGCACUGGGCGGACGGCCUGGCGUGGCCUGGCGUGCAGCUAGGCAGGCGGCUGCUGGGGAAGGAGGUGCUGGAGCGGGCCGACACGGUGGAGCUGCUUGGGCCCUGACCCUUCGCGGAGAAGACCACCUGCGAGGAGCUCGUGGAGGGCACGGGUGGCCUGGAGGAGGACACGUCCCUUCCCGAGGGGCUGACGGGCGGGCGGCACGGAGUGCCCUGUGGAGGAGAGCCCAGCCUAGCGCCCCUGCCUGGAGAGCAGCCUCCACAAUCUCCAGAGAGCAAAUUAAAACGUGAUAAUCACAAAUGGGUGUUUUCAGGUCAGGGUCCUCUGAGCCCACGGGGAUUCCAGCUCCCAGAACGUGCCCUUCCGCCAAGGCGGGGGCUGGGACCCUGUUCCCGAGUCGGAGGGGAGGGCAGUGGCUGAAACUCACCUGCCCCCUGGGGGCCUGCAUGUAGGAACCCCCUGGGCCUCCCACGAGGUGGGUGGUGGGCUCAUCUGCUGGGGACAGCCGCCCAGCGGGGGGACAUCGGUGCUGGUCACCUCACAUGCCCCGGGGAGAGACGGAGAGGGGGCUUUUGGCCCAGUUCAGAAAUCCUCAAGGUCUGUCCAUGGCGAGAGGUUCAGAACUGAGGAAAGGAGAAUGCUAGCCAGGCGUCAAGCGAGUAGCUGUUAGGGUGGCGGGAGACCAGUUAGUCCUUUCGGAGGGGCCGCGCCACUUCCACAGGCGGGGCGUCUGGGGGGGUCUGAGCCUGAGGGGUACCCCAGCGGAGCCGCCCCUGUUCUCAGGGUAGGGGCCUUGCCAACUGUGCGUCUCCGGGUAGCUGCGUUCCUUGUGGCCUGUGUUGUUAGGGUCCAGGAGAGUGGGCUCUGGGUUGCUCCACGUGGGAGGACAGCCACUGGGGGUCGUAGCAAAGCUCUAGGGCCGAGUCUUCCAUCCCCCGGUUGGUCCUGGAGUGAGGCCAGGGCCCAGCCCCCGGGGAGUCGGGGUUAGUGGAAAUGGCCCCGGGGUUCCCCAGAACAUGGCCAGGGCGUCGGAGUCGUCAGAACUGUGACAGUAGCAGCAGCUGCUGCCUUGGGGUGGGCGACGCGGGCUGACUGCGGGAGCAGGGGCACUGCCCCAUGUGCCCGCCGCUGCUGUCCCCGCUGUGGCCACACGCUGGGCCUCGGGGAUGAAAUUUUCCAGAUCUUUUGGUAUAUUUGCCUCAAAAAUAGAGUUUCCAACUUGGGACAAACACUUUCAAGUUUGUUGUUUGUGAAACGUGUAUUGCUGAAUUUCUGAGAUCUCUGGGGCUCAUCCUGUGACGCAGCCUCGAACGCUCAGCCUCUGUGUGUUGUGCUGCUUGGCGUCCUGCAGGGGCCUGUCCUGGGGCUCCUUCUGAUGGAGGUGGGGUGCCCUCCUUGACCCCAGGAAGGACCCACGUCGUCCCGAGCCUGGGGCUCUGUUCCUUGGGAGGCUGGGUGCAGCCCCUCCCCGGGUCCAGGGCACUCCCCUGGUGACAGCGCCCCUGCCUGCGUGCCCCGUGCCCGCACCCCCUCCAGUCUCCUCAGCCCCCCCUUCACCUCGCACCCCGCCUGGGCCAUCACACCCCGCCUGGGCCAUCGCACCGCCUGGGCCGAGGCCUGGCCGAGGAUCUCGGGUUAGGAAGGCUCAGCCCCCCGCAGGAGGGACCGCCCGGCACAGGGCACGCGGCCUGCAUCUCGUGGUGGUGAAAACGGUCCCGGUUUAGGCUUCAUCCCUGGUCUCUGCUCACAGGCGGGCCCUACCUGGCGGCCACCUCCCCAGGAACCUGCCCCAGGCUGGGAAGAGCCUCUCGGGAGCGCCUCUGCCUCUUCCAGCCUGGGCUUGUGGGGGCAGGGUCUUCGCUUCUUUAACGCCUGGGGAGCCAGGGCGCUUGGCCCUGAAAGAUGACCCAAAUAAGAGCCCAGUGUGUGUCACAGUGGAACCCCCAGUGGCUUUAGCUGGGGGAGGACCAGAGCGCGGAGCUCCUGGAGGCCCCUAGAGCAGCCCAGCCCGCACGCCGGAGCUCCCACGUCAGCUGGAAAGGAAGAGACUGGUCAGCGAGACUUGGGACAGGGUGCUGUUUUAAUCCUGCUGUUUGGAAAUGAGAUCUGCAGAAGCCGUAGCAAGAAGGAUGGGAACUCGGCGGCGGGGAAGUCCUGGGGGGCGGGGGGCGCGGCUGCCCUCGCGGGAUCCCUUUUAAGUGAAAUUCUUGGUUGUGUCUGGAAGACACCUCCGUGUUGCUGCCCCUCGCGUGCCCCUCCUGGCGCAGAGGGCGACCCUUUUCCUGGAGGGACGUGCUGUAGCCACGCCCAGUGGGCCCAGCAUGUGCCCAGGCCUGUUUUCCUUCCCCAGAAACGUUUCAGUGGAGAAGGGGUCAGGGCAGGUGGCCUUGGGGACUGAAAGCAAGCUUACACGUUUGUUUUAAAACUGUUCUCGGACUCGCUGUCUGACUGGAAGCCGGUUCCGUCCCUUAGUGUGUAAGCAGUGUGUGGAGCAGCCGAGCCUGGCGCCCCCGAAUUGGGGGCCAGGCGCUGUGCCCAGGUCCCCUCACGUCCCCAUGCCCCUCGGGCUGCUGCACGCGUGUGCGUGC